CUUGACUCACCUGUUUUUUAAUAUUCUACAUUCCAUUCCAUUCUUUUUUCCCAUCACUUCUCUUCUUUUGUUCUCCCACUUCAUCGAAUUCAUUUAGUAAUUCUCAUUUUAACAAACCAUAAUGACAGAACAAAAGCCUCAGUCAGAUAUCGUUGACAAGGACACCUUCACCGUAGCUGAUAUCACUGAAAAGACUCAUAAUAUCGAGCUCAACGACGAAGAAAAGGCUAAUGAUCACGUCCACGACGAAAACUGCAAGCAUGAGCAUACUGAAGUCACUGAACCUCAGGGACGUAAUGAUUAUGAUCUUUUGGAGCUUCGCGGUACAAAAGAUCAGACCGGUGAUCCUCUCGUGAAGACAUAUUUUGAAGCCAAAAAGAUUUUCUUGGAUGCCAUGGAGCGCCUUAGUAAAAUCCCCGAGGGUUCAGACCCUGAACUGAUUGAGAAGCAUAAAGAUGAGAUCGUCUCAAUUACUUCAGAUUUGAUGAAGGCCUUCCUCAUGGACGAGAAAGCUUGCGCCAUGAGCCAGCGAGUUCUCAAACUCGCAGAGCAGUAUGAAGCCUACGUUCAGAAGUACAAUCCUGAAGGCACCUCGACUUCCACAGGAGAGUCUGAGGAGCCAGGAGCAGAACAGCAAACAACCAUCUACACCAGGGACUCUGUCGUCUUUGUCAUCUGGAUUUUAUUUAGUGGACAGCAGUUCGCUCAUUGCCAACAGACCCUUGGUUUUGCAAUCAAAGAGUUUGAGACCCUUCGCCCACGUAUGCUCGAGUUCCGUGCCAACUGCCACAUGGCCAUGCGUGAUUAUAAGGCUUGCACAGAAGACUUGGAGCAAGUGCUCCAACUCACUCCAGAACUGAUCGAAAUUCAUUCGAUGCUCGGCAACGUCUAUUAUGCAACACAUCAAGCGCAGAAUGCUAUCCAACAUUUCAAGGCAUUUGUUGAGGCGGCUCACACAGACUCUCGUACCCUUCCUAAUGCAUAUUAUGCGCUUGCAAAUCUCACUCUUCAGACUGCUCCUUCAGGCGCGGCCAAGAAGAAGAGCAACCAAGCGUUAAAGCAGGCUGCGGUCCUCAAAGAAGCCCAACAAUACUAUCAGAAGGCACAGGAGGCUGAUGUUCGUUUCAAAGAGCUCUAUGGAGUUUCUACUGCUUUGAACGAGAUUAAACGUACUGCUAUCAUGGCCUUCCAGGCUCGUAGCGCUGGUCGCAACGGCAUUCUUACGAACGACCCGACUCCUGCUCUGUUGGAGGCAUCGGAGACGCUUAAAAAAUCAUUCAAGAAUCCUGCCAUCUCCCACUGUGCCAAUUGCGGUCGUCCUGACAAUGUUGCAAACGAUGAUCGCUCUCCAGAGUUGAAGCCUAAACCCCUUAUCAAGUGCAACAAGUGCAACAAAGUUGCGUACUGCUCGAGGCCCUGCCAAAUCAAGCAUUGGAACUCGACUCACAAGAACACCUGCAAUAAAAAGUGAAAUGAAGCAUUCUCAACCUGAGAACUUCUAUCACUGGAUUUUUUUCUUUUUUUGGAACUAUUUCAAUGUGACACGUUCAAUGCUUGAUUAAAAUAACGAAAUAAACAAGAGUUGU